AUGCUUCCAACCAGCCAGCAUCAGCAACAGCAGCAGCAGCAUCCCUCGCCGGAUAUUGUUGCGCAACAGCAGCAACAACAGCUACAACAAGACGUGCAAACGCAGCAUUUGUUAAACGUGGCCGCUUCGUCCUAUACGACCGCCGUGUCCUCGAGUGGAGGUUACAGCAUGAGUUAUCCGGUUGUCACAGGGCAUCAUCUUACGGAGAACAACAAUCUGAUAAUGCACCCGUCCUACGGCAAACCGGCAGCCCACGUCGCACAUCAGCUAGGCCCAGCAUCGCUCAUUACGUUACAGCCUGUUCCUUUGGAGGCGCACCAUCACUCAACACUGCACCACGUGGCCAGUCUAGGUCCACCGCCACCAGGUACGCCAGGUUCCUUACAGCAACAACAGCAGCAGCAGCCAGGAGGACCGCCGCAGCAGUCUCAACAGCAGCCUUCCCACGGAGCGACAGUCGUCACGUCACUGGUACCACCGCCCGGCUCCGGUGCUUUGGGUGGUUUAAUAAUCGGCGGAGGAGGACAACACUUACAUCAUGCUUCAAUGCAGCAGCAACAGCAACACCAGCAACACCAACAUCAACAACAACAGCAGCAGCAACAGCAGAUGGACCAAAUGGGAGUAGUUCCGUCAUCGACCGCAGGACCUCAGAUGCAACAGGGUCCUCCGUCUUCCAUGUCGCACUCAUCGUCCAUGAACGAUCCUAACGGAAACGGAACAUAUUUGAUGAUUUCACUGUUCAAGUUAGCACAGGAGGAUAGUUAA